UGGAGGACUGCAUAGGCUGCAGUGUUAGACUGUGUGUUUGUGUGUGCAUGUGGGUGUGCAUGUGUCUGGGCGGACUCCCGCUGUAAUGCUGCCCCAUGUGUGACUGUGCUGACCGCGACAGCCAUCCUGUUCACAGCGGAGACUUUCUCAGCAUGCAGAUGGUGUGAGCAGUCAGGGGAAAAGUUUAUAACAGCUCGUCUGAGCCUCGGCUAACUCAAUCCACUCUGCACACACUUUGGUUUGUUCAGCAGGGGAGCAGCAGCAGCAGCAGCAGCAGCAGCAGCUGAGCUGGAGUACAACUUCUGCUCGUCUCAGCUCAGGAUCUCUGUUGAUGUUGAUUGAUUACCUGUCACUGGAUUGGAUACUAAAGGUGUGCAUCACCACACGUCAGAGCUGAGGGAUUCAACCAGGCUGCUGAUUUGACAGAUAAGAGUUGCUGUAAUGGACGACCAGUGUGUGUCCCAUAGCAGUCCCCAGCGCAGCGGAUGUCAGGCCAGCAGCACAGAGAUCCAGAAGCAGGGGCGGCCGAGUGUCAUCAGAUGUGGGUGGCUCAGGAAGCAAGGAGGUUUUGUGAAGACUUGGCACAGUCGUUGGUUUGUUCUGCGAGGGGACCAGCUUCAUUAUUACAAAGACGAGGAGGAGACCAAGGCCCUGGGAGCCAUUUUCUUACCUGGAAACAAAGUUUCAGAGCAUUCGACCAGCGGUGAUGAAGGGGGGAAAUUUCUCUUCGAGGUCAUUCCAGGGGGAGACAGAGAGCGGAUGACAGCCAACCAUGAGACCUACCUUCUUAUGGCCAGCACCCAGAAUGACAUGGAGGAUUGGGUGAAAACGAUCCGCAGGGUCAUCUGGGCGCCUUUUGGUGGAGGGAUCUUUGGUCAGAAGUUGGAGGAAACUGUGCGAUAUGAACGCCGGUUCGGGAACAAGUUGGCCCCUAUGCUGGUCGAGCAGUGUGUGGAUUUCAUCCGGCAAUGGGGCCUUCGGGAGGAGGGCCUAUUCAGGCUGCCAGGACAGGCCAACCUGGUCAAAGAGCUGCAGGACGCCUUCGACUGUGGAGAAAAACCUUCUUUUGAUUGUAACACAGACGUGCACACAGUCGCCUCUCUCCUGAAGCUGUACCUCAGAGAGCUGCCGGAGCCAGUCGUCCCCUUCCACAAGUAUGAAGACUUUCUGUCCUGCGCCAAGCUCCUCAGCAAAGAUGAUGAAAUGGGUAUGAAGGAGUUGAAAAAGCUUGUGGAAAAUCUACCUCCAGUGAACUACAACCUUCUCAAGUACAUCUGCAGAUUUCUAGAUGAAGUCCAGUCAUAUUCAGGUGUGAAUAAAAUGAGCGUCCAGAACUUGGCCACAGUCUUUGGGCCAAAUAUCUUGAGGCCGAAGGUCGAGGAUCCAGUCGCUAUUAUGGAAGGUACUGUUCUGGUCCAGCAGCUGAUGGCCGUUCUGAUUGGUCGCCACGACGUGCUGUUCCCUCUGGAUGAGGACAGCCCCACGGCCCUAGAGCUCGCCAACAACAACAACAUCGAGCCACAACGGCGGCAAACCACCACAACUACCUCCGGCAUCACCACGGUGUCCCAGAACGCAGAGAACAACAACACGCAGGUGGUGCGGCAGUGUGUCUGGGAAGCGCCUGAGUCUCCGUCGCACCGCCAACAUGUCGACAACAGCGGCUCCCCGAGGUCAGCGAGCCCUCGCAACGGUGUCAUAGGACGCUUUGACAUCACCCGCAGCCCGCCACUGACUGUUAAAAAGAACCCAGCGUUCAGUAAGGGCAGUGGGAUUGUAACAAACGGUUCCUUCAGCUCCUCGCCGUCUUCAGACCCCAGUCAAGAAAAGAGCCAGACUUUGACUGGAGGUGGGAGUCUACCGAUGAGGCGCAGCGGAGCGCUCAAAGGCCCUGGCACAAAAAUGGGCACCAGUGGCGUGACAAGUGCAAACAGCUCCGGAGGGAACGGGACCGGAGUUGUGCGUAUGGGCAUUUCCGGCACUGAUGUGGUCACGGGUUUGAACGGCCGUAAUGGUCUUUGGGUACCAAAUGGCUGCGUCACGUUACGAGAAAACAACAAAACACGUGACUGCUCCCACGGGGAUCACACAUCCAAUCAGAACCGUCUGUCCACGUAUGACAACGUCCAGUUAAACCAGCAGAACCAGCAGAACCACAUCGCCAACACAUGUCUGAACAGCAGCUGCGAGGACAAGCAGAGCGUGGACAGCGCCACCUGGUCCACCUCCUCCUGCGAGAUCUCUCUUCCGGACAACUCCACUUCCUGUCGCUCCUCCACCACUACCUGCCCUGAGCAAGACUUCUACGGAGGUCACUACGAAGACCUGGACGGACCAGCGCAGGACAACGAGGCCUCACAGUCCGGAGGAGGUGGAGGAGGAGGAGAGGGGGAGGGCAGGAGCAGCAACAGAGAGGGAAGCGGAGAUGGAGCGGGGCGGAGCAGCCGGGGCACCAGCAGCAGCGAUAACAGUGAUGGUUACACUGUUGGUAACGGACCCGGUAGUCACAGCGCUCUGCACAGCUUAGUGGCCAGUCUGAAGCAGGAGAUGCACAAGCAGAAGACCGAGUACGAAGCCAGGAUAAAGAGCUUGGAGCAGCGUAACCUGGAGCUGGAGACGGAGAUGGUGAGCCUGAAUGAAGAGCUGGACCAGGAGAGGAAGAAGUACACCAUGGCGGAGAUCAAGCUGCGCAACGCCGAGCGCGCCAAGGACGACGCAGAGCGGCGAAACCAGAUGCUGCAGAAAGAGAUGGAGCAGUUCUUCUCCACGUUUAGUGACCUCACCGCGACCGGCAACACCCCAGCCGCCGCCACCGACCCCCGCCGACCAGAUCGUAACAACACCAUCUGGAUACAGUGAAGGGAGACUGGAAAUGGUUUAUUAUACGACGUGAACGUUACGAGGGCUCCAAACAGGAUUUGGCUGCUGGAUGCUGAAGGAAAAGUUGGGAAGUUACAGUGCAAAAGGUUAAAAGGCAUGUUUUAAUUUAAGAAAAAGGAGGUGUCGGGCUAAUGCGAACCACCUGUAUAAAGGUAGACAUCACCUGGAGUGAUGCCAGACUGAUAAUCUGUAAAUACAGCGUUAUUUAAACAGCUCACAGACUCAUCUGACUGAAGUAAAGGCACAGAAUACCAUUAUUAUUUUAAUUUAGCUCCCAGAGCUGUAGAGGAGGAAAAAAAUAAAAUGUUGGACAUGAAAACACAUAAAGACUAAUGAAUAAACGCCUCCCUUUCUUAAUUCUCUUAAAAAUCUAACCAAAAACAUCUUAUUGUUCCUUGUAAUUGUGUAUCUGUACAUAGAGGGAAACAGAAAAACACAGUGUCAUAUGUAUGUAAAAAGAAAGUAAUACUUAAAUGUUUAUCUGAUAUUUAAGCAUCAAUGUGCGAUAUUUUAUAUUAAGACUUCUCCUUGCACUUACAUGUUUGUUUAGUCUCUGCAAGGUGGUACUGGAUGUUCUGUCGGUCAAUGUGUGUACCAUUUAGAUUGGACAAUAUACUGUAUAUGUGCCUGUG